UCCAGUCAUGGGAACCCACCAGAGAGAUGUCCCCGUUCCUCUGUAUUCCGGGAUUCCACACAGGAAGGUCACACCAUCCCUCACCAUCAUCAGAGUGGAAUCCUCGGGGAUGAUAAUAUUGAUGUUAAAGAAGAGUAUAAAGAGGAGGAUGAGGAGUAUGGAGUGAUGGAGGAGUUUUCAGAAGGACACAAGGAUAUGAUGGAGCCACCUAAUACCAGGAACCCACCAGAGAGAUGUCCCCGUCCUCUGUAUUCCCGGGAUUCCACACAGGAAGGUCACACCAUCCCUCACCAUUACAAGAGUGGAGAUCCAAUCGAUAUAGAAUUUGAGGUGAAAGCAGAAGAAGAAGAGGCGUAUGUGAGGGAUGAUCAGCAGUCUAUGGAGGAGGAUGGAAUAACGGGGACAUUUAUAGAGGAGGACACUCCUACAGAGAUCAGCACAGUCCAUGGCCGGGAGAUGAGGAAAACCUCCGAGGAUUGUCUCACUUUGUCUCCAGACUGGAAAGUAGAAGAUGAGGACAUCACACAGUAUAGUCCAGGAGAAAACCCGGCUCCCUCCAAUGGCCAUCGUGCACCACCCAGUGUAGAUGGACCAUCGGAUUCCUCGUAUCCUGAGGAACCUCAGACUGUGCGGGACCGGGCCGGCCUCCAACAGGGAAGAGGUUCUCCUGUACUGAGUGUGGGAAAUGUUUUGUUAAAAAAUCAGUACUUGUCACACAUCAGAGAUCUCACACGGGGGAGAAGCCGUAUUCCUGUCCUGAGUGUGGGAAAUGUUUUUCAGAGAAAUCCAGUCUUUACAGACAUCAGAGAUUUCACAUGGAGGAAAAGCCAUUUUUAUGUUCUGAGUGCGGGAAAUGUUUUUCAGACAAGUCCAGUCUUUUCACACAUCAGAGAUCUCACACGGGGGAGAAGCCGUAUUCCUGUCCUGAGUGUGGAAAAUGUUUUGUUAAAAAAUCAGUACUUGUCACACAUCAGAGAUCUCACACGGGGGAGAAGCCGUAUUCCUGUCCUGAGUGCG